AUGGGCAUCUAUCCAGGAGGCAAGAGUACACGCAUAGACUCUCCUCGCCAUCUAACAAUACGGCACUCUCGCCGCGUUGUCGCCGCCAAUCGCGCUGAUGCCCGUCUCAACGCUUUCCAGUCCGUGACCGUCCUCGCAGACGGCAAGAUCGUCGAGGAUGAGAUUGAUCCAUUGCCCCCAGGCGAACAAAAGCUGAAUUCAUUCUGGGCCCCAGGCAUCGAAGCGGGCCCCAAGCACAUCAUCUCAGUAAAACAAACCAUCCAAGCAAACGGCGAACAACUCAACUUGGAGGCAGAGCAGCCUUUCUACGUUGAUGCACCGCAGUUCUCCCUGCCGGAUGGAAGCGUCCACUCUACAUAUCCUCCAGCAGGCUACAGCGACGAUCAUAGAAUCCUGCCGCAUGUCGUCUUGACAGAUCCGCACCUCCCGUGGGAGAGGUUGGGAAGUCCAAAGGGCGGGACCAACAUGGAUCUCAAGGCGCAGAUGAAGAGAGUAGCCUUGGGCGCGGAUAAGGCAAGCAGCAUACCGCGCAACCGUGUGCCAUGGCUUGUCGUGCUUGCAUUUUCCCAAGACGAGCUUCGACUGCCCCCGGAGGAUCUGGACGGUGCAGGCAGUAUCUUCAGCGGCACUAGCGAUGGCGUUCUCAAGCCCGUCAAGCAGUCAUCCACAAUGACAGUCAACAUGAGCAUCGAUGACUUGUGGAAGCUAAAGUCUGAUGUGACAACACCAAUCACUGACAGACUCGGACCACCUUCUAUGAAAGAUAGCCGUGGGGACUUCAUCUUCGUACAGCCAGGGCUGUUCACCAGUCUCUUCUCGACAUUUGACGAUAAGGGUAAUCGAGUCAAGGGCAGUGGGCCGGAUACAUCACAGUACAAAUACCUUUCCCACGUGCGCAAGAUCAACGGCUCUGGAAUGGCUCUCGCUGGUGUUGAGGACACAGCUGUCUUUAGCAUCGUCGUCGGCAACAGAUCGGGACCGCUUGACAACGUCAUUCCAACCACCAUGUGCGCACAUCUAGUAUCCAUCGAAGGCGUGGAGGCCAUGACCUAUCCGGGCCAGAACCACCGCUAUGUUGCCCUCUGCUCCCUUUAUAGCUGGAACUAUACAGUCCUCCCACCAAAUACACUCAAUGUACCGGAUGCUUUUGAGAAUCUGGGUCGCACUCUCGAUGUGUUGCGAGCCCCGGAUGAAGUCAUAGCGCCUCUGAAAGCGUCUGCAGACAAAGCCCAGCAGCUUGUUGGUCGCCGUCUGAGCGAUGGUUAUACUUUGGUCAAAUACCGCGUUCAAACAGGCGAGGCAACUGUAGCGCUGUAUCGAGGUCCUUUCACUCCCACUUAUGUGCUUACCUUGGAGCAUCUGACCAAAUGCUCAACCUCGGGCGUGGACUUGCAAAUUCUUGACAAGAAUUUGGGCAUCAUGGAUGUGACAUACUCUGUGGCCUGGCAGGUUGGCCGUACUAUGGCCCUCGGUGAUCAAGCUUUUGUUGCUGCGCUGGGACGUGUCAGAACAGCAGUGCACGCCGCCGCAGCGAAGCAAGUCAAGAUCAAUGCCGUCAAAGAGGUUAAGGAUACUGCAUUUCGCACUCGCGAUGAUCUUCUCAAGGAUCUUUCCUCCAUGGUCAAGGGACUUGCAGAUAUCCAUCUUCAGAAGCGUGGUUCUGAGCCUCAAGAGCCUGGGGAAGCACCUGAUCAGAGAAAGCCUGGCAAACCCGUGUUCAGGCAUGGAGGAGCCAAGCGUCGAUGGCAUCACAAGAAGCUCCAGCGUCGCGAUCGACCGACGCUCUCCUUUGCUUCGCCUCUCUUUGAGGACAAGUACCCAGCUGCUGCGCUGGAUUCUGUUCGCAAACUGGCUUCAAGUCGAUCGGGCGACCCUUACGAUGAGACAAAUGAUCCGCAAUCCUCAGACUGGAUGACGGUACUCUCAUGGUUGAUCGACAGGAUGUUUCUCGCCGGUGUACCAGCGCACUAUCUCAUACCUGAUCCGAGUUACCUCCAGCCCGAGAACUUACGCUUCUUCCAUAUCGACAGGAAUUGGGUCGACGCCCUCAUCGACGGCGCUCUAUCCCUCGGCAACCAUUUCGGUACUGACGAGGACCGCGUCGCUAUCAAGAAAGCACUCAAUGACUACAUCGGUCGUACACCUGAUGGAAUGGGCCAUCGUGUCCAAAUACCUGCUUAUGGCUUCUACCUCCGCUCAGACCUGGUGACCAUGUUUCCCGAUCUGCGCGUCGAGGUCUUGUCCAACGAUAGCGCCCUCAAAGCCGCUGGUCAGGAUCCCCCAGCUGGUGCACCUCUUUUGCGGCAUGAGAUUGUUGCGGAUGGCGUCAUGAUGGCGUUCAUGGACCGUGUCCCUGGUUCUGCUCAGUUUUCAUCCCUCGUGUUCACGCAGCCGGCGCACCAGCAGCGGUUUGCUGUUGCUCGUGGCCUUGACACUGCCGAGGUCAAGGCACUCAAAGAGAUCAUAUACACUCCAGCCGAGGAGAAAAACAUCUUCAUAUGGAACUCUGUACCCAACCAAAGUCUCAAUGACUUGCGUAUACUACACCUUCCCGCGUUUGCAGAUGUACAGCUCAAAGUGUUGCAAGAUAUGAUGGGGAAGCAAGAAGGAACUGGCAGACCUUACUUUGCUGAUGACGCUUCGACUUCUGCACUGUUUGCAAUGCAACUCAACGAUCCCAUUUAUAACCUGACCAUCAACAUGGCUAAGCGUGCUACGGCUGCGCAGGCGAUAGCAGGCUUGGCUCCUCCUGACUUGGGAGACGGAAGCCCGGAGUUGAGAACUAUCAACAUGAUGGAAGCCGUUAGGGUCAAGAACCUUUCUGCCCGUGGUGCGGACGUCUCUGCAGCGCCAGUAGAGAAUGAUCCACAUGAUGAAGAUGAGUACAAUGAUUCAAGUCAUGAAGAUAGCUUCGUGAGAGCUGCGGACUACGUUUCUCCACUUGAUGUGCUCUCAAACUACCUGUCACCUCAUGUUCGAGCGAUGCCACUUCAUCAAGGCCCAAGUGUCAGCGACCCAGACAACAUCCCCACCAACGCCCAUCAGAGCCAAGUCGGAACUCGUACCUAUAAAGUCAGACCACCUGGAUCCGAGCCCGCAUCAGCACCCCGAUUCCUCAUACGCGUCAGCAGCAACUUAGCCGACAAUCACAGCCAAGUCGUCCUAGAUAGUUUCAAUCUUCCCCAAGACCUCAUUUUCUCCAUCGUCCUUAAACAAAGCGAUAUCAACCAGUACUUACUCAUGGAAGUCACCAUCGACAUAGCACUUGGUUCACCAAACGAUGCCACAUACGCUUUGAUGUCGAACUACACUGGACCUGGUGCACAUAUGUUGACGAACCUGCGCUUCAAUGUGAUUCCAACGACUUUUUACGACCAGAAUCAGGAUAAGUACUAUUUGCGCAUUCGGUUACUUCCUAGGGCUGAGAAGGGCUGGGUCAUGGCGCCGGCUGUGCCUGAGUUGAGCUUUCUGCUUGGGUUGGCUAGUAUCAAUGCUCCAGGGCGUGGUACCGCAACUGCGACUAUUCAGUCUCGGGCGAGAUAUUGCAGGAAUCCUGCACUCCCUUUGGUGGAGCCGAACGUGAUGAUAGUGGACAAUCCUCCUCUAUCUGUGGAAGUAGUUAAGCAUUAG